GGGCAAUCAACGCUUACAGCCGCCGCCUAACCACCGCUGAGCCGCCGCACGCCGGUUACUGGUAACGCAACGCCGGAACCAAAAUCCGCAAGGUAGCAUUUGCUGUGAUUUCGAUUUUCAAACCAAAUGCCCUCUUACAUCAGUUGGUCUAAUAAUGUUGAUGAAGCUGUUGUGUAGCAGCAGAACCAAACGACAUUACUGCUCUUUUCUCUCCCCAGCUUCCAGAGAAUCUGAAAUCAUCCAGCUUUGCAAUUCAGGCCAUCUCUUAAAAGCUCUUAAGCUCCUCAACUCUCUAGGCUCGCCAGAGGGCAUUACUGCCAAACCAAUUCUAUACGCCACCCUUGUACAAGGGUGCACCAAAGCCAAUUUUUUCAACCUUGGCCUCCAGUUCCAUGCCCAUGUGAUCAAGGCUGGCCUUGAUGUCGACCGGUUUGUAGGCAACAGCCUUCUGGCUCUUUACUUCAAGCUUGGAAGAAAUUUCUUUGAAACCCGACGUCUUUUUGAUGGGUUAGUCUACAAAGAUGUGGUUUCUUGGUCAUCAAUCAUAUCGGGCUAUAUUCGGGUGGGAAAGCCCCAGCUUUCGCUUGCAUUGUAUGUGGAAAUGUUGGAUUUUGGAGUUGAGCCAAAUGCGUUUACUUUAUCUACUUUGAUCAAGGCGUGUUCUGAGCUCCGGGAGUUGAGACUUGGGCAGUGUUUCCAUGGGGCUGUAAUCACUCGUGGUUUUGAUGAUAGUAGGGUGAUAGUUAGUGGGUUGAUUGAUAUGUAUGGGAAGAAUUUUGAAGCAGGUGAUGCACGGAAGUUGUUCUAUGAAAUGCCACUUGUUGAUGAUUUUUGUUGGACCUCUGUAAUUUCAGCCCUUACUAAAAAUGAUUUGUUUGGGGAAGCUUUGAAAAUCUUCCAUUCAGGGCACAGGAAUCACAAGUUGCUUCCGAGUGCCCAUACUUUUGGGAGUGUAUUGACUGCUGUGGGAAAUUUAGGCAGGUUGAAGCAAGGAAAACAAUUGCAUGCAAAGGUGGUUGCACUCGAGAUAUGUGGUGAUAUUUUUGUGGAUAGUAGUUUAGUAGAUAUGUAUGCCAAAUGUGGGCUUAUAAAUGAGUCUCGUCGCGUUUUUGAUGGCAUGGCUGAGAGGAAUUCAGUUUCUUGGUGUGCCUUGCUAACUGGAUACUGCCACAAGGGUGAUUUUGAUACAGUGAUUGAGUUAUUUAGGAUGAUGGAGGAGGUUGAACUUUACUCGUUCGGAACUGUUAUCCGCGCCUGUUCAGGGUUGGCAGCUUUGAAACCAGGGAAGGAAGUUCAUUGCCAGUUCUUAAGGCGGGGUGGCUUCAGGGACAUUGUAGUUGAAUCUGCUUUAGUUGAUUUGUAUGCAAAAUGCGGAUGUUUUGAUGCUGCAUAUAAUGUUUUUGUGCGAAUGCCUGCUAGGAAUGUGGUUUCAUGGAACUCGAUGAUAUCUGGAUUUGCACAGAAUGGCAGGGGAGAAGAAGCUAUUAAAAUGUUCAACAAGAUGAUUAGUGAGGGUAUCAAGCCUGAUUAUAUCACUUUCGUUUCUGUUAUUUCUGCUUGUAGUCAUACUGGCCUUGUAGACACGGGGCGCAAGUAUUUUGGUUUGAUGAUGGAUGAUUACAAAAUUAAACCCAAGCUUGAGCACUACGGCUGCAUGAUUGAUCUUCUAUGCCGGGCUGGGGAGCUAGAAGAAGCUGAGUGUUUAAUCAACAGUUCAGAGUUCAAAAAUGAUCCAUCUCUUUGGACCUGCCUGCUCGGAGCUUGUAGCAAUACUACAGAUCCAACUGUUGCACAGCGAAUUGCAAAGAAAAUGAUUGAAUUAAAACCUGAGUAUCAUCUGAGUUACGUGUACCUGAGUAACGUGUACAAAGCGAUUGGACGGUGGGAUGAUGCUCUCAAGGUUUGGUGGGAGAUGCAACAUAAGAGGGUGAAAAAGAUUCCUGGGAAGAGCUGGGUUGAAUCUAACAAGAACCUAGGCCAUCUUUCUACCAAUCCUUCAGAGGAAAAUAACUCAGAGGUGUUAAAGGCAUUGAUAUAGUGUGUAUUUUUUUUUAAUAAACAAUUCUGGUUGUGCUAUUUUACAUCAACCAACAAAAGAAACCACAGAAGAAAGAGAAUACUUUUUAAGGAUUCCAUAGUUGUCUGAUUCUACAAAGAAUAUUGCACAUUUGAAGAGUCAUUUGGGCCUUCCUUUAGAAUUCCAUGACACAAUUUGCCGUCGAUACCUACUGUAUUUCAAGGUGGUUGAAACUGGACGAGGGCCCCCAUUAGAGUUGACUCAUGGGGAUCCAGAACUUGCUGUUUCUGCCUGCUGCAGAGCUUCAGAAGAAGAAAACAGGCAACAAGAGCUGUAAGAGAGAAUUUUGAUUAUUGAUAGAGUGCCGAGGUUCAAUUGGGUGAAGCUACCCAAGGGUUCAAAGGGUGAGAUUAGAAGAAUAUGUCAGUUCAGAGAUAUGCCCUAUAUUUCACCCUACUCUGACUUCUCUGAGAUAAGGUCCGGCACCCCUUAGAAAGAGAAACAUGGUUGUGGUGUUGUGCAUGAGUUCUUGAGCCUCACAGUGGAAAAAAAGAACUCUUGUUGAUCAUCUCACUCAUUUUGGAGAUGAAUUUAGAUUUUCCCAGCAGUUGAGAGGGAUGUUGAUAAGGCACCCGGAUAUGUUUUAUGUCUCUCUAAAAGGUACUAGGCACUCGGUUUUUCUUCCUGAAGCAUAUCACGAUUCUCAAUUAACAGAGAAAGGUAGAUUAUUACUUAUCAAGGAAAA